AUGAUUACCUCGGGCAUUCUAAACCACGAGAAGAUUUCUUUUAUGAUCUUCUUAGCCGUUACAUUGGCUGUCCCAGUCCUGGCAGUGGCCUAUGAUGAUGUGCACAUCAACUUCACUAAGGAAGAGUGGGAUUGGCUGAAUCCUUCCCAGAAGAAUCUCUACAAAGAUGUGAUGCUUGAGACCUACAGGAACCUAACUACUAUAGGAUACAUUUGGGAAGAUCUUAACACUGGAGAGCAUUGUCAAUGUUCUAGAAGACAUGCAAGGAAUGAAAAAACACAUAGCGGAGAAAAACGCUGUGAAAUUAAGCAAUGUGAUGAAGUCUUUUCUUAUCACAAUCAUCUUGAAAUGCAUAAAAGAACACACACUGGAGAGAAACCCCAUGAAUAUGGUCAAGAUGAUAAAGACUAUCUUUAUCACAGUCAUCUUCAAAAGAUUAAAAGAAUAUGUACUAAAGAGACACCCUAUGAAUAUAAUCAAUGUGGUAAAGCCAUUGAUCAAUGUACUGUUUUUCAAACACAUAAAAGAAUUCAAACUGGAGAAAAACACUAUGAAUGUAAUCAGUGUGGUAAGGCCUUUGCACACCAUAAUCAUGUUCAAUUGCAUAAAAGAACACAUACUGGAGAUAAACACUAUGAAUGUAAUCAGUGUGGUAAGGCCUUUGCAUACCACAGUAAACUUCAAAGCCAUAAGAGAACACAUACUGGAGAGAAACCCUAUGAAUGUAAUCAGUGUGGUAAGGCCUUUGCACGUCAGAGUCAUCUUCAAAUGCAUAAAAGAACACAUACUGGAGAGAAACCCUAUGAAUGUAAUCAUUGUGGUAAGGUCUUUGCACGACAUGAUCAUCUUCAAUUGCAUAAAAGAACACAUACUGGAGAGAAACCCUAUGAAUGUAAUCAGUGUGGUAAGGCCUUUGCACAGAACAAUUCUCUUCAAUACCAUAAAAGAACACAUACUGGAGAGAAACCUUAUGAAUGUGAUCAGUGUGGUAAGGCCUUUGCACAGAACUUUUCUCUUCAAUACCAUAAAAGAACACAUACUGGAGAGAAACCCUAUGAAUGUAAUCAGUGUGGUAAGGCCUUUGCACAGAACAAUUCUCUUCAAUACCAUAAAAGAACACAUACUGGAGAGAAACCCUAUGAAUGUAAUCAUUGUGGUAAGGCCUUUGCACAGCACAGUGAUCUUCAAAGGCAUAAAAGAACACAUACUGGAGAGAAACCCUAUGAAUGUAAUCAGUGUGGUAAGGUCUUUGCAUGUCACAGUAAUCUUCAAAAGCAUAAAAGAACACAUACUGGAGAGAAACCCUAUGAAUGUAAUCAUUGUGGUAAGGCCUUUGCAAAGAACAUUUCUCUUCAAUACCAUAAAAGAACACAUACUGGAGAGAAACCCUAUGAAUGUAAUCAUUGUGGUAAGGCCUUUGCACGUCAGAGUCAUCUUCAAAACCAUAAAAGAACACAUACUGGAGAGAAACCCUAUGAAUGA